AAAGUCCGCACCAUCUGUACCAAUCUCGCGCCGCGUAGUUCUGCCUAUGUCUUUUGGCAAGGCGCAGCCUCGCCAGAACCACGCGCUUCUGCCGAGGCGCGACCGGAGCCUAGAGGUGUCCCACUCCAAGGCGCCGGCGGUGCCUCGUGCGCCACGGCCCAAAGAGAAGCCGCAGUCUGCAGGCGCCUUGGCCCGAGACACGUGGUCCCGAAAGCCCUCCAAUGAGAGCGGUGGGGGCCUAGGUCACCUCACCAUGCCCAGCGAGGCACGGCGGCCCCGCAGCGAAAGUCCUUUCGCGCGGAUCAACCAGCUGAAGCGGGAGAGAGAAUGCACGGAGAACCAGGCCAUCGAAGUGGGGCCGCCUCGGAGGGCAGAGUCCACCGUGACGGACAACAACUUCCACCGUGGCCACAUCUUAGGUCAGGAGAUCACUUCCUUCAAGGGCAUCCAUUGGAGCAAGGUCAGCAACUUUGAAGCCAACGAGCGGCCACUGGUGCGAAAGUCCCUGCUCCGGGAGAUGCAGGAAGCACCUCAAGAGCUGGAAUGGCUGAAGGCCAAGCCAAAGCCGAACCUCCCCGAGGAGAAAGACUUUUCGAGGCGCAACGUGCUUGCACGCGAGGCUGCGGAUGACGAAGAUCGACACCUGGACCAGCAUGGACAGGGGCAGAAUGGCUAUCAUGGUCGCAUCAACGUGCUGCGACGAGAGGUGGCCAAAGAUGGAGAUACCACCAACAUGCCCCGCCCCGCCGGAGUAGAGGCCAGUGGAGCGCCCAUCUUCGUGCGACCACGGACCUUGGUGAAGGUGUCUGGCAUUGGAAGCUAAGUCGCUUCCGGCCUUUCUUAUAGACGGCCUUGCCUUGCAGCGGUCGCUUGCGGUGUACGAGUUGAUCGUUAAGUAGAGUUGCCAAUCUGGCAAAACUCUGAAAGCUCAGGGACUGUACAGUCGUGGUGCAGAUGUCCACAUCUCCCGCAAGCUUUGGCCCGUGUGACCUAGUCGCCUGCAUGCGGCACAUGCAUGAAGAACUGCGAAUGUUUGCAUGGU